AAGUAUAAAUAGUCCAAAUGAAAAUUUCAACAGCAUCAGUUUCUUGCAACUGACCAACAGCUUGCUACAAAUUUUUCAACUCGUUCGAAAUGAAGUUCGUGGUUGUAUUGGCUAGCCUUUCAUUGGCACUGACUGCUGCCGUUGAGGUAAAUGUAAAAUCUAAAACCGAGAGCAACGUGGAAGUGUCUGAUCAAGACGUCGCUGAAUGGCACCCACGUGGCUAUUUUGGUGGAUAUCGUGAAUACUGGCGUGGACGUCGGUCUGUCGAGGAGGUGCAACCGGAACACGAAGCCAGCAACAUCGAAGUUGCUGACCAGGAGGCAAUCGAGUUCCGUCGCGGCUACUACGGUGGACAUCUUGGCUAUUGGCGUGGUCGCCGCUCAGUAGAAGAAGCAAAACAGGAAGAAGAGGUCAGCAACGUUGAAGUUGGAGAUGACUUGAACGGCAACGAAUCGUAUGGAAGCCGCUACUACGGCCGUCCUUAUGGACACUAUGGUCGAUACGGACACUGGCGUGGACGUCGUUCCGCAGAAGAGAUGACAUCAGAAGAAGAUGCUGGAACCAUUAUUACUGACCUGGAAAUCAACGAGUCUCGCCGAGGCUAUUACGGUCGGGGAUAUUGGCGUAAACGUCGAUCCGUAGAUGAAAUAACACCGGAACAAGAUGUCGAUGUUAAAGUUGAUGGUGACCUGGACGCUAACGAAUGGUACGGCCGUCGUUAUUAUGGUUAUCCUUACAGUUACAGCAGGUACGGAUAUCGCAAUGGAUACUAUUGGUAAGUGAGAUGCCGAAUUGCAUACAAAAGGCUGGACUAUUUCAAAGAACCUUGAACUAAAUUUGACUUGUCCACAUUUGAAUAAGCUAUCCUUGUUUGUUAAAACUACUGUGAAAUGGUCAAAUAAACAAAAACUCUUAUUGUCAAAUUUGUCAAAAAUUUGAUUUGGGUACU